GUGGCCGUUUCCGCUGCACAGAUUGUAGGCGGAAGUAGUGGAGCUUGUGACUAUGGCCUUGCGGACUGUUUGUUGUGUGAGGAGACUGAGCGAAGCCUAUCGGGGCUGGAGGUGCCUGGGACUUGUCGUGGCUCUGCUGGCUGUCGUGUGCGGUGGGAAUUCAGUGGAGAGGAAGAUCUACAUCCCAUUGAACAGCACCGCCCCCUGCGUCCGACUGCUAAACGCCACCCACCAGGUCGGCUGCCAAUCGUCUAAGAACGGUGACACCGGGGUGAUCCAUGUGGUGGAGCAAGAGGAGGACCUGCAGUGGGUGCUGGAGAGCGGCCCUCAUCCCCCCUAUAUUGUGGUGCUGGAGGCCCAUCUCUUUACCAGAGACACCAUGCAGAAGUUAAAGGGGAGCAGGCGUGUGUCUGGUAUUGCCGUUACCUUUUCCAAAACAAGCCCUGCUGCUGGAUUCUCCCCCGAUCCUCCGUGCCCAAAUGAUGGUUUUGGGUUAUACACCAGUGAUCACGGCUCCCAGUAUGCCCACUGCAACAAUAUCACAUGGAACCCGCUCGGGACUGGGCUUUCCUACGAAGAAUUCCAGUUCCCAAUCUUCCUGCUCCGCGAUGAGAAUGAAACAGAAGUCAUAAAGCAGUGCUACAGAGAUCACAAUGUGCCGCAGAAUGGGAGCGCCCCCCAGCAUCCUCUCUGUGCCAUGCAGCUUUCCUCUUUUAUGAACGCAGUCACCAACACAGUCACCUGCAUGCGGCGCAACUCCCUCCAGUCAUCAUUUAGCCUUAGUGCUGAAGGAGUGUGUGAUUCAAUCAUCGUGCACAACGUGUGGAGCUCCCUGAAGCCCAUCAAUACCACAGGCACAAUUCCACAGGAGGAGGAGCUAGUUGUGGCUGCUGCAAGGGCUGACAGUCACUCCUUCUUCUGGAAUCUGGCUCCGGGGGCAGACAGCGCUGUGUCGGGGUUUGUGACCCUGCUGGCUGCGGCGGAGGCUCUGCACAAACUAAACGGCACUCAGGAUUUGCCACGAAAUAUAAUGUUCGUCUUUUUUCAAGGAGAAAUCUACGACUAUAUUGGUAGUUCCAGGAUGGUGUAUGAUAUGGAGAAAGGCCGCUUCCCUGUCUCACUGGGGAACAUUCAUUCAUUUGUUGAACUGAAUCAGGUGGCGCUAAGAAAUGACUCCUACCUGUGGAUUCACACUGAUCCCAUCUCCAGGAAUAACGAGACCGUGAAUGCAACGGUACAAGAGGUGGUUGAUUCCCUAGUGAGUGCAAGUCAUGAUUCCAAUGUGACUGUACAAGAAAUUGGCCACUCCCAGCCCCUCCCACCCGCUUCCUUGCAUCGCUUCCUGAGGGCUCGGAACAUCCCCGGGGUUGUACUUACGGAUCACAGAACUGCUUACAGCAACAGAUAUUAUCACAGCUUGUACGACACAGCCGAUAACAUCCACAUGAGAUAUCCAGAAGGGCUGACCGAGGAAGAACAACUGGAAUAUAUCACGGAUACAGCACGGUCUCUUGCAGAUGUUGCCACCGUGCUUGCAAACUCGCUGUACAAGCUAGCUGGAGGGAAGGGCACAGAGGAAAUUAAGGCCGACCCCAAAACGGUCACACAGAUGUUAUACGGGUUUUUAAAAAUGUCCAACAACAGCUGGUUCCAGUCCAUCAUCAAGGAAGAUUGGAGAAAAGUUCUGGAGAGUGGGCAGGUGCAGUAUUAUAUGACGGGCACUAUAAAGGGAAACUCAAGGGAACCUAAUUAUCCUGCCGGUCUUCUACUCUCUGUGUUGGCCAACCUCACCGGAACGGCGGUCAACCUGACCAAGGAGGAAUGUCAGAACCCAGAAAAGAUUGACGAUCCCAAGAAAGAGUUGUACAGUUACACGUGGGUGCAGGGCCCUAUAGAGAGUAACACCACAUCCAGGCGGCCAUAUUGUGUGAGGAGUUCCAUUCGUAGUCACAUGGCAGAGUCUCCGGCCUUCGAGUUGGACCAAUGGGACUCCACUGAAUACUCUACAUGGACAGAGAGUCGCUGGAAGGAGAUCAAGGGGCGCAUUUUCUUGGUGCCGAGCCGUGAGCUGGAGGUGAUCACGUUGGUGCUUGGCAUCGCCAUCCUUCUCGUUUCUCUGGUCGCCACGUAUUUUAUCAACGCCAAAGCCGAUAUCUUGUUCACAAACACAAACGACAGCGAGGUGGCCUAUUAAAGCUCCUCCCACAGAUGCACCAAUCACAUUAGCUUUGUAUUAAAGGGGAACACUGGAUGGAACGUAUUUAACUGAAAUAGACGGGGAAGCAGAACUUUGUCCCCCCUGGUAGAGUCCUGCGCGGGUCCAUUUUUUGGAACCCAUACCCGACCCGCAACCUGUAAUCCUCAACCCACGACCCGCUGACCAUGAAGAAUCAGGAAGUGCCGUCAUUGUAAAUUGGAAGUGACAUCAUCAGAAGUAGGCGUGAUCAAAAAAAGGCUGAACCACCGACCCGCGUCUAUACGCACACCCGGAAAUUCCACCCGUAACCCGCAGGUUUUGCAGGUAACCCGCGAGUACCCGACCCGCUGCAGGUCUCUUCCCCCUGAAUGUGGAGCUGAAAAUCUGAAUGUGGCCACUAGGGGCAGCGGUUCCAACUCACAGAGACCCCAAAAUGUCUUUUGCACUGGAUAAAACCCACUGUUCCCCUUCCCUUAUUGCAGCGAUGAUGCCCCCCACUCAUACGAGUAACCCCCCGGCUGGAUACAGUACUGGACAUUGUGUAAUUCUUCCGAUACUGUCGAUGUAUGGGGGAGCAGACGGGUUGUAAUUUCCGUCGUUUGUCUUAUUAUUGUACAGCUCAACCGAUCAAUCACUUCAUUUUUAUCUUCUUCUCUCUACUUACUGAUUUAUGUCACUAAUUCCUUUUUUAAGAUAUAUAUGGACCCAAUAGCCCCCCACAGAGCUGAAAAGGGGCACAAAACUGCCCCCGGGAGAGAUUUGUGAUUCCAUGAGGUGUUGGAAAACUGCUCCUAUAUCUUCCCUCUGUGCCCUUUGUACGGCAGCUGAGCUCCCCAUCCCUGUAGCCACUGCUCAUUCACGUUACCCUCCCCCGAGCACUUUAGGCACCACUUUUAGGGUGUAGAAAAAGCUAGAAACCCCCCAAAAUAGGAAAGGCAGCAGCAGUGGGUUGUUCCCCUGUUUAAGUCGGUGGCGGCGCAUUAGAAAAAGUCGUAGUUCUCCAAAACAAAGCUGUUUGACCGUUAUCACCUGUGUGACCUGUCCCAUAGAGAAUAAUGGAAAGAAUUCUCAAGUAGGAUUGCAGGGAGUUGCAGUUUGAAGGUCAGACACCCUGAUUAUUACAUUUUUCCCAGUUUUGUGGUACUUGGUGUAAAAAUACUAACGUGACAUUUGGCUGCGGAGAUUGUGGUGAAUUAAAUGUGCUGAACUGAUCAUCUGACAAUAAGUCGCUCCAACUGCCACAUCUGGAACCGACCUGCGCUGGGGACACGUGAUCUCAAAGCCGAAAUCAAUAAAUAAAAUAAAUAACAUUCAUUUUUUUUUUUAUUUUUUUAACAGUAUUUGAUUAUUUGUAAAUAAAUAAAUAUGUGAAUCUGA